AUGGAGCAAUUGUCUGAUCUCAUGUCCUUGGGGACAAUCUGUUCAGUGGCAUUAGAGAAGAAGGUUGUGAUGAAUUGCCAAAGUGUUCAGUUUCUAGGUUUUAAGCACCAGAGUAACAUUUUGAGAGAGAAGCUCUGCAGUGGAGGAGAUUGGGAUUCUGACCGAAGGCCACCCCCUGAUCGCAAAAAGCAGAGGCUUAUUACGGAUUUCUUGUGGCCCCAUACAACCCUUGAGAUAGAUUGCACGCCUGCACCUGCCGUGCCUAUUGUGGGCGUUAGCAGUGCUGGCCUUUCAUCCCUUCCCAAGAAAUCCUACUCUAAAGUGGUUGGAGGCGUUCUCCCUGAUGUUGACGACCUACCUGACCCUAUUCAUGCAGAAAAUCUCACUAAAAUCGUGAUUCCCCAAGAUGCCUAUGAGGAAUGCCUACUCCGGUAUCGCUUCGCUUUGGUGGCCAGAAUUAAUUUUCGCUUUAUUUCUUUGGAUGAAGUUCGGAAGGAAGCUGUGAACUCUUGGAACCUUAAAAAGAAGGUUUUUAUCAAACCUAUGGGGUUAUGCUACACGUUAUUUCAAUUUGAGGCUGAGAAAGACAUGACAAACAUUUGGAAACAAAGUCCUAUUAAGAUUGGAAGGCAGUUUAUUCGCUUUCAACGGUGGAAGCCGGAUUUUAAUAUCCAUGACAAAACUGCUAUUUCUAAACUUGUUUGGAUUCGCUUCCCUGGACUCCCCUUCGAAUAUUGGCACGAGAAGAUCCUCCUAUCCAUGACAAAAGCCAUGGGGCGCCCCCUGGACAUUGAUAAAAGAACAUGA